CUCGGCUCUGGUGGCGGAGCCAGGCGCAGACAGGCAACGGGGUUUGCCACGGCCCUGUGGGUCAGAUCUGCUGCCGUAGGAGCGACCCAGACGUCUGCGCCCCGGGACACAGGAGCUUGUGCCAGCGUCUGCCACUCUGCUCCUCGCCUGGCCGCGCAUCGAGCUCCCCAGGCGGCCUCCGGACCGAGGAUGAGCUGUCAUCUGCCAAAUUUUCAGGACAGCUCAGGGCUUAGAAGACGGCUCAUCUAAAUAAAGGCCGGCUAAAGUGACAUUGUGGAGAGACUUAAUCCUUCUGUGGCUGCCUGUGUUAACCAAAGGCUCUUCUGGCAUUCAGAUUCUCAAGUCCCCGGGACCUUGCAACUUAACAGCAAGAGAAAAAACAAAAACAAAACCAGAAAAAUGAAGGUCAGCGAUGAUCCCCCGCUGCAGGGACUCAGGGGCCUCCAAGGGGCUUUUACACUUGGGAGCACAAGACUGCCUGGUUCCACAGGGAAUUGACAGAGUGGAGCCUUUGUCCCCCCCAGUGGCAGCCAUCUACCACAGAGCAUCAGGUUCCACCUCGGGAGGAGUUAUGGUAACUGAAUGUGCAUCUGGUUGUACAGCUACAGCUUGGAGGUGAGGGAAGGCGAGAAGCGCCUGGAGUGAAGCCCUGCUGGGCUGUGUGGGCUCUCUCUCUCUCUCUGGUCCCUGGGUCUCCACGAGGAUUCCUCGCUCUGCUCUCCCUCCCUCAUGGACGCUGUGCUCCCGGAGGCCUCAACUCAAGCUUUCCUCACUCACCACCCUGCAAGCUGCCCUGACAGUGGCUCUGGGCUGAGAUGGAGCCAUGAGCCCGCAUAGACGAUGACAGCAGUGUUUGUGAAUGGAGGCGGCCUGGUGAACACACAUUGUGACAGGUGGGAGCGGAGGGACAGCGUGGAAAGCAGCUGUCAGACCGAGGGCGGCAAGGACAGCGAGGAGGACCAGCAGCGCCAGCUGACACCCUUCGAGAAACUGACUCAGGACAUGUGCCAGGAUGAGAAGGUGGUGAGGGAGAUCACGCUGGGGAAACGCAUUGGCUUCUAUCGGAUUCGAGGGGAGAUCGGAAGCGGAAACUUUUCCCAGGUCAAGCUGGGGAUUCACUCCCUAACCAAAGAAAAGGUGGCCAUUAAGAUUCUGGACAAAACCAAGUUAGACCAGAAAACCCAAAGGCUGUUAUCCAGAGAGAUUUCCAGCAUGGAAAAGUUGCAUCAUCCCAACAUCGUCCGUCUUUAUGAAGUCGUGGAGACACUGUCCAAGCUACACCUAGUGAUGGAGUAUGCAGGAGGUGGGGAGCUUUUUGGAAAAAUUAGCACCGAGGGGAAGCUUUCUGAACCGGAAAGCAAGCUUAUCUUCUCCCAGAUCCUGUCUGCCGUGAAGCACAUGCAUGAAAAUCAAAUUAUUCACAGAGAUCUGAAAGCAGAAAACGUCUUUUAUACCAGUAGGACUUGUGUGAAGGUGGGAGAUUUUGGAUUCAGCACAGUAAGUAAGAAAGGCGAGAUGCUGAACACUUUCUGUGGAUCUCCACCCUACGCGGCACCAGAACUCUUUCGAGACCAACACUACGUUGGUGUUUAUGUGGAUAUCUGGGCCUUGGGUGUCCUUUUGUACUUCAUGGUGACUGGCACGAUGCCAUUUCGAGCGGAGACCGUGGCCAAGCUAAAGAAGAGCAUCCUCGAGGGUACCUACACCAUACCCCAGCAUGUGUCUGAGCCUUGUCACCGGCUCAUCCGAGGAGUCCUUCAGCCCACGCCCACAGAGAGGUAUGGGAUCAACUACAUCAUGAGCAAUGAAUGGAUGCGAGGGGUGCCAUACCCCACCCCUUUGGAACCGUUCCAACUGGAUCCCAAACAUUUGUCGGAAACCAGUACCCUCAAAGAAGAAGAAAACGAGGUGAAGAGCACUUUAGAACACUUGGGGAUUACAGACGAACAUAUCCGGAAUAACCAAGGGAGAGAUGCUCGGAGCUCUAUCACGGGGGUCUAUAGAAUCAUUUUACAUCGAGUGCAAAGAAGAAAAGCAUUGGAAAGUGUGCCAAUAAUGAUACUACCAGAACCUAAAGAAAGGGACUUAAAGAAAGGGUCCCGUAUCUACAGAGGCAUAAGACACACAUCUAAAUUUUGUUCAAUUUUAUAAAUUAUAUCAGGCAGCUGGGAGCUAGCCAUGAGCAGUUUCUGCUUUUAACUUUUCUUGUACACAAUUUGAAUGGGGACAUUUUUUGUAAUUUUUAAAUAAAUUUGAGAUAUGCAUACCACCCCCUACAAAGUCUCUUAGCCUAAAAGCUGGUGUGUCUUGCCCGUUUUUUGACUUCUUGUCAUACUUCAGCCUUCAUUUAUUUAAUAGAGAAAUACAAGGAAUUAGGGCUGUGUGCCAGGCACUGUUUAAGCGCUGAGGAGACAGCUGAGCCAGUCCCCUUCCCUCGUGUGUAGAAUAUUCUAAUAUGCAAUGUGGACCAUUGCUAGCAACUAUUUUUGUUUUUAAAAGGAAGAUAUCAAAUAGUGGGGGAUACCAUGCGGGCUUCCCCACCAGGAUAUCUAAUGUUAGAAGCUUGCUAGUUUUGGAUUAGAUCUUUAAGGGAGGCCACUUUGAGAGGAUAACAGUAUCUUGGGAGGGAUGAAGGAGUAGCAAUAGUGAGCUGAAGAAGGUAAAUAUGCCCAACAGCCAGGGUUAUAAAUUAAAUUCCUCCAAAGAGCGCCAACGACAAAGGCGUUCAUGUAGUGUAUUUGGGAAGUGAUCCCACAACAGAGCCUCUGUUGUGUGCCCUCUGCAUUUCCAGAUAAUGCUGAGUGAGUACCAAGUAAUUUCUCUGUCUUUCUCAGGGAUUUGUGUCCAAAAAAAAAAGUCUUAAGAGCUAGAAGAAAAGGGUCACUGGCUCGAGGCAGUGUACUUCCGAAUAGGACCUUGUACGAACCUUUCAAACUUGCAUGGAAAUGGUUACAGCAUCAGUGGCUGGAGGAAGUAAUAUGGCAGGGAGGACCCAAAGCAGUGCACAGAAGCUAACAAGUCUAUCCAGACCCCCUGCUCCAUUUAAAUCCCUCUGCUAAAUAUACUUCUUGGAGGGGGCUGAGAGCUGGAAGGACUCAGAACAGCAGGUUAUCAGAGCUGUAACAGUAACUGUCAAGUUCUAACCACCAGGAUUACAUUUGUUUUACCAGCCCAGGGGGUUCCACCUACAGAUCCUUAGAUUCAGUGAAUCCUUGGGUGGACAAGAGCAAGUACAGUUUAAACAGGUGAUGCUGAUGCUGUUAGUUCAGGGCCAGGCUUUGAGGCUCUCUGAGCUACAGUCAUUACUGCGGCUGGUCUGGUGGCUGUAACUGGAUCUCCUUCCAUCAGGUAACCUAACGUUUCCUUACCUUAGACCAGCAUUUCCACUGGUUUACAUGGAGUAGCUUGACCUAAACUGUCAUCAUGAAAGAACCCUAGUCCUCAAUUGCCUUAUCCUUGGUAGACUGUAACUGCUGUCACUGCAUGCUCACUAUCAUCACAGGUUAUACUUAGGGUCAAUUAUCUUCAUCAGUGCCUGCUGUAUCUUCAUUCCUACCCUGUUAUGCCCACUCGCAUGGGCAGCCUACAUGGCCAUGUUAGUCUUAGAUUAGCAAGAGUUCCUUGUCUCCUGAGAACCCAAACUGCUCAUCUACUUCAGCCUAGGUGUUUGGAAGGAAUUACAAACCCUUCAAGUCACCGAUUGUGCAAUGAGUCCACCUUACUUCCAGCCUCUGGCUCCCACACCCGUGAACGUAAACACCAAGAGAUAUCUAAGCCAUUGUUAAAACAUGCACACCCACUGCUGGAGAACACACCAACCCUGCAGGUUACUAAUCCUUCUGGCGCCGUAGGCCAGUCACGUUCUGUUUGUACUAGCUACUUGCGGCAUCGAGGUCUGUGCGAAUGCGGAGGGAUUCCAACAUGGUGUUAGGAGAUACAUUGACAAAGAAUCAAGUAUUCUUUCUUCUAGGGUAACUGCUGGGAGGACACACUGUGGGCAGGAAAUGCACAGCUGUAGCCUGAGCAGGUGCCAAUUCCAAUGAGGAUGAAUUGCUGUUGUGCUCAUGUGAGAUGACGCUAAUGCUCUGAUAAACACCCAGUUC